AUGGCACCAGAGAGAAUUAAUCCUGACAGAGACAUGAAGGGAUACGACAUCCGCUCUGACAUCUGGAGCCUUGGAAUCACAAUGAUUGAACUAGCUACAGGAAAAUUUCCAUACACUCAAUGGAAAACACCCUUUGAACAGCUGAAACAAGUUGUCCAUGAACCAUCUCCUUCAUUACCUGAAGGGCCAUUUUCAUUGAACUUCAGGGAUUUUGUCACAAAAAGUCUCAUAAAGAACUACAAAGAAAGGCCAAAUUAUAAUCAACUCCUGGAACAUCCAUUCAUCAAGGUCCAUAUGGGUAGAAAUGUUGAUGUUGCUAGCUGGCUAGCCCCAUUCCUCAUUGAGCUCAAGCCUCCCAGUUGA